AGGGGGGUACAGAGCCGCAGCGACAGGGGCGGCCAGGCGGGGCCGAGGGGCGACGCGUCCCGGAGCGGCCACGGCGGCGGCAGCAGGGGCGGCUACUCUGACAGCAGGGGUGCGGCGGCUACGGCGGGGACCGCGGCGGCUACGGGGGCGACGCGCCGGGGCGGGGGCUACGGCGGCGACGCCAGGGGCGGCGCCGGCGGCUACGGCGGCACCGCCGGCUCUCGCGGGAGCUACGGCGGCGGCUCCAGCUACGGCGCCCCCUCCGCCGGCGGGAGCUACGGUGGCGGCGGCAGCAAGCGGCCGCCCCCCGGGCCGCCGGCGUCGUCCUACCAGCCGGCGAAGCAGUCGAGGUCCCGGGCGCGCGGCGUCCAGAAGUACGAGACGCCCCGCGGAGGGCCGCCCCCUCGGACAGGCGGCUACGGCGGCGGCGGCGGGGGCGGCUACCGACGGUAGCCGCGCCGCGCUCCACGCGGGGUGUCCCCGGCGCCGUGGCGCGGCGCGCCGCGCGGCGCCUCGCGCGCCGUUGGGCCGGCGGCUCGGGGGCAACAUUCCCCCGGCCCGCCCAGGGGCGUGCGCUUCCGCCCUCGGGCCCCGUUCCCCGUCCUCUCGGCGAAGCAUCGCCGCUUCCAGCUUGCUGUCUCUGCCUACGAUCGACUGCGCCGCCUCGAGCGUCGUGCGAGCGGCUCCUUCUCCAGGAGCGGGAAUGCCUCGCGGCUGGAGCCGUCUGCACCGCGGCACCCCAGGGAUCCGCCAGGCACUGGCGCUCGACCGCGUGGCAGGGCAUCGGCAGGCUUUGGUCUCCACCUAUCCAUGGCGAGUCUACCUCUUGCCGUUUUGGCAAAGCCUAUCUCGCGGCAGCGGCAUUGGGUAUGACAUCGGAUUGCAUCCAUUACGAGAUCGCUCGCGGAGAAAG